GGCUGAGCAUGGACCAAUCAGAAUCAAGUUCAAGUUUAAGAGUGGUUGCUGCGCAACUGUUGACAUGCUGCGAUAGUGAACAUAAAAUAUACAACAUCUUUACAGUCAUUGAUCCAAACGUAAAGGAGGAGCUGAGGGAGAAAAAAAGACAAACACUUGAAGCAGAAGCCACCAAAUAUGUUGAAAUAAAUGAGUUAAUCGCUAAAAGGCUGGCAAAAGACUUUGGUGAAGAUGUUAGCAGGGCAGCUCUGACUGAGGUCAUGUGAUUGUGUGCAGCUUUCACCCACAAACAGUGUUUCCAGCUUGAGUUUUGCAUCUCGUAUCUCCAUUAAUUGUCAACCGCCCCACAUCUAACCAUCAAAGACCACAGCGCAUCUCAUCUGGAGCAGGUUGUAAGAUUGUUUGCAGCUUUUCACCCACAAACAGGGUUUCCAGCUCGAGUUCUGCAUCUCGUAUCUCCAUUAAUUGUCAACCGCCCCACAUCUAACCAUCAAAGACCACAGCGCAUCUCAUCUAGAGGAGGUCAUGUGAUUGUGUGCAGCUUUUCACCCACAAACAGUGUUUCCAGCUCGAGUUCUGCAUCUCGUAUCUCCAUUAAUUGUCAACCGCCCCACAUCUAACCAUCAAAGACCACAGCGCAUCUCAUCUAGAGGAGAUCAACAGAAAGAGAACAAAGAGAGUCAAGAAUUGAGUGAAGCGGGGGAGAAAGAAUCAUGCCAAAGCUGAGAAACUCACAGACUAAAAGUCCUUUACCUAAAGAAAAAUCCCCAAAUUCUUCCAACUGCCCUCAACGUCGUGAAACACAUCAGAAAGUUCAUCAUGUAAAAAAGCGGAUCACAUGUGAACAGUGCAAGAAGAGUUUCACACAGAAAAAACAGUUUGACGAACACUUGAAAACACACGCUGCAGAGAAGCUCUACUCAUGUGAUCAGUGUGAAAAGAGUUUCUCACGAAAGAUUGACCUUCACCAACACUUACAAGUCCACAGCGAUGAAAGGUUUUUCCCAUGUGACCAGUGUGACAAGAGUUUUAAACAGAAAGGAAAGCUACAGGAACACAUGAAAGUCCACAGAGAUGAGAGGCCGCACUCAUGUGACCAGUGCGGGAAAAGUUUCAAAAUGGUAGGAAACUUAAACAUGCACAUGAAAAUACACAGUGGAGAGAGGCCGUACUCAUGUGAUCAGUGCGGAAAGAGUUUUCCACUGAAAGGCACUCUUACGAAACACAUGAACACUCACAAGGAAGAGAAGUCUUUCUCGUGUGACCAGUGCGGGAAGUGUUUUAAAGACAAAAGUUAUUUACAGAAGCACAUGAUAAUCCACACCGGAGAGAAGCCGUACUCGUGUGAUCUGUGCGGGAUGUGUUUUUCGAUGAAAUCAAAGCUUCGCAUCCAUAUGAGGGUCCACACGGAAGAGAAGCCUUUCUCGUGUGAUCAGUGUGGGAAGAGUUUUAAAGCAAAGUCGUACUUACAGAAACACGUUAAAAUACAUUCGACAGAGAAGCCGCACUCAUGCGAUCAGUGUGGAAAGACAUUUUUGCUAAAAGCAAACCUUCAGCUACACUUGAAACUCCACAGUGAAGAGAAGCCUUUCUCAUGUAAACAGUGCGGGAAGAGUUUCAAAUUGGGAAUGUACUUACAGGAGCACAUGAAAGUCCACAGUGAAGUGAGACCGUAUGUGUGUGAUCAGUGUGAGAAGAGCUACAAGACGAAAUCCAAGUUGAACAUUCAUCUGCGCAUGCAUGCUGAAAAAAAACCCUUCAGCUGUGAUCAGUGUGGUAAAGAGUUUCUUUUGAUUGAAUACCUCAAGCAACAUAUGACGGUUCAUAGCAAGGUGACUCCUCAUAAGUGUCCAACAUGUGGAAAAUGCUUCAGGCUGCUGGAUAACUUCAAAAGACACCAGGAAAGACACACCGGCGUAAAGAAUCAUAUGUGCUUUGAUUGCGGGAAGACCUUUUAUAAAAGCAGUGAGCUGAUUAAGCACCAGAGAGUUCACACUGGGGAAAAACCUUUUAAAUGUUCGCACUGCGACAAGAGAUUCAGUCAUACGGGAAAUCUGCGAAAUCACGAGAGGGUCCACACUGGAGAGAGGCCGCACACAUGUGAUCAGUGCGGGAAAAGCUUCCAACAAAAACGCAUCCUUAACGAUCACAUGAAUAUCCACACUGGAGCGACGCCGUACUCGUGUGAUCAGUGCGACAAGAGUUUCUCCCAUUUAACUGCUUUAUAUUCGCACCGGCAGAUUCAUUCUAAAGAAACGUUUAACUGUGAACAUUGCAGCAAAACGUGCCCCUCUGCAGGGUUGCUGAAGAAGCACAUGAAGGUUCACACAUCGGAGAAGCCUUUUGCGUGUACUGUUUGUGAAAAGCGAUUUAAAUCUAAAGCGGGUUUCGAAGAUCACCUGAAAAUUCACGCUGGAGUAAAAUCGUAUGCGUGCAUCAAGUGUGAGAGAAUUUUUCGUAAAAUGAGCCAUUUGAGACGGCAUCAACUAGUUCACACUGGAGAAAAGCCGUAUCUCUGCGUUCCUUGUGGCAGGAAAUUCACCCAAUCGGGUUCUCUGCGAACUCAUGCAAAAAUUUGUCCAAAGUCAAAAUCUGUUGCUUAGCAAGUCAUCUUCAGUGAAACUCCUCCAACAACAGUUCACCCCUAUUGAAGCUCCUCUCCAUCAGUUGACCCUUAGUGAAUCUCCUCCCACAAGAGUACAACAAUGAAUGCUGAAAAAUAAGUGUAAUUGCGAAAAAUAAUAAAAAAUAAUAAUUGCGAAAUAAGUGACAAAAACCCUUCUCCUCAUUCAGUCAGUUACCUUUUCUAAGAAUCUAUACAAGAAAAAAAAGAAACAAAUAUCAUGUUGUUGAACUGAACAGAGGUUUUAAUCAUCUCUUCUAAAGUCAUACACGAGCUAAAUUUACUUUAUUGGAUUUGUUUUGUUGUGCCUUGUAUUUUUUCCAUCAGUAAAGAGGAUUUUUAAAAAAUG